CACCACAAUCCAAAUUAAAAAAGAACCAUAGAAACAAACAAAAUCAUCCAUUUCUAGAGCUCUCUUCUUUCUAUCUGCAACUCAGCUCGCUCUCCACUGGUUGACUCAUGAAAGCUCUGGCCAACUCCUCUUCUUUGUCAAAGAUCGCAUCCGAAAGAUUUGGAGAUUGCCGAGAUUUUUGUCUCACUAGACAUCAAAUUGGUUUUUUCUCUUCCAAAAAACUUCUUAAUCUCGGGGCUUUUAUAUGCAUUAAACACAAGGCUCUUCACCCCAUUUCUGCUUCUAUCCCUCCUCUUUCCAAGUUGGGCUUGGAGGAUGCAGAGACCAAAACCCAAGAAACAUACCAAUCAAAGACCGUUCAUGUUAAAUUCCACCUAAAGAAAAAGUGUUCCUUUGGUGAGCAAUUUGCUCUAGUAGGGGACGAUCCCUUGUUUGGCGUGUGGGACCCUGCAAGUGCAAUACCAUUGAACUGGUCAGACGGUCAUGUUUGGACUCUUGAGCUGGAUAUGCCCAUUGGAAAAUCAAUCCAGUUCAAGUUCAUACUAAAAAAAAUUACUGGGAAGAUUUUGUGGCAACCAGGACCCGAUCGAGUUCUCAAAACCUGGGAAACUGAGAAUACAAUUGUUGUUUCAGAAGAUUGGGAAGAUGCUACCUUUCAGAAAUUAAUAGAGGAAGAAACGAUUUAUGAUAAAAAAGGGGAGCCUACUGUUGAUUCAGAAAUGCUGAUCGUUGCUGACAACUUGACUGCUAACUCAGAAAUGCUAGUUUUUGCUGAAGCCUUGACCCACCAAAAUGAGGAAUUAGCCUCUGAUGUCAAUUCUUACCCACCAAAGGAACCAUUACCACCGACUCCUGAGAAACCAAUCAUUGUUAAUAGCAUUCCUCCUCCAGAAGAGGAGCCCAUGUUUAUUGUUGCAGAUAAUAUCAGCUACACAAAGGAGGAUCCUGUUGUGCGAGCAAGUCACCAAGUGCUAGGUGUCCUUGGACGCAAUGAUGAGAAGGAUGAGAAUGAGGCUAUUUCAAACGAGAAAGCAAUGAUAGCAGAGGAGAUUGUCGGAAAUAAUGGAAGAGCUUCAACGGAAAUUAAUUCAGCAAGUAUGACUGUGGAAGGAAAUCUGGUUACUCAUGAAGGAGAUCCUGUUCUGGUACCUGGAAUACCUCCAUUAUCAGUGUUUUCAAGCGAACCAGUAAUUCGUGAUGAAGGUGAGACAAACAGUGCCUUUGAUGCCUCAGUUGGAGUUAAUGAAGGUGAAACAAACAGUGCCUUUGAUGCCUCGGUUGGAGUUAACGAUGAAGUUAAGAAUCACAAUUUGCCAGAGAAGCAUGAAAUUGAUGAUGAUCUUCAUCAAACAGAAAAAGUAGAGGUGUUCAGUGAUCAGGGGCAGCUUCACAAUGAACUUGAGCAAAAUCCACUAGCUGAUGAUGGAAAACAGCAAGAAUCAGAACCAACCGAAAAUGGUGUUUUGCAAAGUGACAUUCUAUGGGGUCGAAAAACAAUACAGAAGCUGCUAAUUAAUUUAGGAUUUCUGUAGCAUAAGUGUUUAUGACUAUGCUAUUGCUACUUAAUCGCCUACCAUUUUCAAGUGGCUUGGCGAACAGGAGUGAUAUUGAGAUGAUUUGGUAGCUAUCACAUUGUACAGAAGUUUGCAACUCAUUUGUGAUAUUGCUAUAGUUAUUCAUGUGUGGAUUGUUUUGUA